AUGGGUCUUUUUAUUCUCUCGGAAACCUCGGCGGGUUAUGUCCUUCUCAAGUCCAAGGACAAGAAGCUCUUGGGCGGAGACACAAAGGAUUCCUCGAGCAUCGCCGAGCAGCUGAAGCUCAAGAAGUUCGCCAAGUUUGGCAGCGCCGUCGAUGCGCUUGAGCAGGCUGCCGCUCUUCACGAUGGCAAGGUCACGCCCAUGCUGUCGUCGCUGCUGGACGAAUUGAAGGAUGAGACCAAGGCUACUUUGGCUGUUGCCGACCCCAAGCUCUCCAAUGCGAUUGCUCAACUCCCAGGUCUUUCCCUCAAGACCGUCUCAGACUCCUCCACACAGGAUGUAUUCCGUGCCAUCCGUGAAAACCUGUCUUCACUCCUUCCCGACCUACUUCCCUCUGAGGAAGCCGCGACUCGCCUGGGUCUUGCCCACUCUCUGUCGCGACACAAGCUGCGAUUCUCCCCCGACAAGGUCGACACCAUGAUCAUCCAGAGCAUUGCUUCUCUCGAUGUCUUGGACAAGCAGCUCAACACCUACGCCAUGCGAGUCAAGGAAUGGUACGGCUGGCACUUCCCAGAGCUUGCCAAGAUCUUGAACGACAACCUGGCCUACUCGCGUGUCGUUUUGAAGAUGGGCUUCCGCACAAAUGCUCGCAACAGCGACCUCUCCGACAUUCUGCCUGAAGAAAUUGAGGCGGCUGUCAAGGCGGCUGCAGAAAUCUCCAUGGGUACUGAAAUCACAGAGGAGGAUUUGGAAACCACCUCUGCUCUCGCUGAGCAGGUCGUCGACCUGACCGAGCACCGUCAAAACCUCGGAAACUACCUAUCGAACCGCAUGCAGGCGCUUGCUCCUAACCUGACUGCUCUUGUUGGUGAACUUGUUGGCGCGCGCUUGAUCGCUCACGCCGGAUCUCUCAUGAACCUCGCCAAGUCGCCCGGUUCCACCAUCCAAAUCCUCGGUGCCGAGAAGGCCCUCUUCCGUGCUCUCAAGACGAAGCACGACACACCCAAGUACGGUCUCAUCUACCAUGCAUCUCUUAUCGGUCAAGCUACCGGAAAGAACAAGGGCAAGAUUGCCCGUAUGCUCGCUGCCAAAUCCGCCUUGGGUCUGCGUGUCGAUGCCCUUAGCACCUGGGGUGUCUCAUCAGAGGACACUUCCAAGGAGCCUACCGAAGAAGAGAAGUCACAGAUUGGUCGCGACGCACGCCUGACUAUUGAGAGGAGACUGCGCGCACUCGAGGGUAAGCCAUUGAAGAGCUUGACCAACGCCAACCAGACUGCGCUUGGUGGACAGAAGAAGUGGGAAGUCAAGGAGGCGCGGAAGUACAACCCCGACGCCGAUGGUCUUACUGGCGACGAGCCCGCUGCUGAUGCGCCCAAGUCGGCCAAGGCCAACGGCACACCCAAGAAGCUGGUGCAAGAGGUCGACAGCGACGGUGACGAGAGCAUGGCCGACGCCGAUGCCACUUCAGAGUCAGACUCCGAGCCAGAAGAAAAGCCAACUGGAAAGGAUAAGGCGGCGAAGAAGGCAGCAAAGGAGGCAUCAAAGGAAGCCAAGAAGGCACGGAAAGCACAGCGAGCCGCUAAGCGCGAGGCCAAGCUGGCCAAGAAGGCAGCUAAGGAGGCAAAGAAGGCAGGCAAGGACAGCAAGAAGCGGAAAGCAGAGGGCGGUGAGGACAAUGGAGAGAAGAAGAAAAAGAAGAAGAGCAAGGACUAG